AUGAACUUGCUCACGGGACAAAAGAUCGAGAGGGAAGACCUCAAACCUGGUGAUCACAUCUAUGCAUGGAGGACUUUAUACAUCUACGCCCAUCACGGAAUAUAUAUUGGCGAUGACAAGGUCAUUCAUUUCACUGAACCAAAUGGCCAAAAGUGCGUGGCUGGAUAUGUUGUCAAGUCAAUAUCCCCCUCUUUGGGAUGUCCCAAAUGUGGAGCUCUGAAAAACAAGACAAAUAAUGGAGUCACAGUCUCAUGCUUAGACUGUUUCCUGGAUGGAAGGGAACUCUACCGCUACGAAUACUCUGUUUCAAGGAAGCUGUUUUACAAGAGCCGAAAUCGUACAUGUAGCGUUGCUAAAUCAGACCCGCCAGAUAUAGUUGUUGGGCGCGCCACUGCAUGCAUCGAGGAGGGCUUUGGAGAGUAUAAGCUCAUCGGUAACAAUUGUGAGGACUUUGCUUUAUAUUGUAAGACAGGCAAUGUAAAGGCCCGUAAAUCCUUUGAUUUUACACACAUCAGAUUUGCAUAUAAUACAAAAUGA